GCCAGCAGGAAAGAUGGCUGGCUCUCCAUUCACGACGGCGCUUCUGUCCGCUUGGACCCUUUCCACUGUGGCCCUCAGCUACCCCAAUGGUCCGUGGUAUCAGACACCUUUGGGCCCGGACGUGUUGCGCGAUCCCACCCGGUAUCCCGGUGCCAUCGAGAAGACCGUUGACUACGUGGUCGUCGGGGGCGGAGCCUCGGGUCUAACUGUCGCCUCUCGGCUCUCCGAGGAUCCCUCGGUUACCGUGGCCAUUGUCGAAGCGGGUUCCUUCUACCAGGAUGUCUCGAAUGCCAGUGUUGUCCCGGGCUACGCCGCCGACUAUCUGACGGGACACAUCCCGCCGGAGUUGGACUGGGGAUUCGAUACCGAGCCGCAAGCGGGAGCCGAUGGCAGGGUAAAACAUUAUACCAAUGCAAAGACGCUCGGCGGAAAUUCGGCCUUCAAUUUGAUGGCGUAUAUGACGACCAGCGUGGGAGCGAUGCAGAAGUGGGCCGAGGAGGUGGACGAUGACUCCUGGACGUACGCGAAUGUGACGCGGUACUUCCAGAAAAGCCUGAACUUCACCGGAAUCGACCCCCACAAGCGGCGGGCGAAUUCGACCCCGGAGCUGAACCCGGCCGACGUGGGGUACGGCGGUCCGUUGGACGUGACCUAUCCCAACUACGCGCAGCCGUUCAGCAGCUGGGUGAAGAAGGCCUUCGACCAGGUCGGCAUGCGGCCGGUGGGGGGGUUCAUGUCCGGAGAGCUCUUCGGCAGCAGCUGGGUGCUGGACACGAUCAACCACACCGACGGGCAGCGCGCCUCGUCGGCCAAGGCCUUCCUGGAGCCCAUCCUCCACCGCCGUGAAAACCUGUUCUUGUACAACCGCACGCUGGCCGAGCGAGUGCUCUUCGACCAGGAUCGCACCGCCACGGGGGUGCAGGCCAGCCGCGGGAAGACCGUGUUCAAUCUCACGGCCACCAAGGAGGUCGUGCUCACCGCAGGCGGACUGAUGACCCCCCAGCUUCUGCAGGUCUCUGGGGUCGGGAAUGCCGCCCUGCUCAAGGAGCUUCGCAUCCCCGUUGUAUUGGACGCCCCCAAGGUGGGCCAGCAGAUGGAGGAUCACAUCAGCUUCGGCGUCGCCCACCGCGUGGAUGUCGAGACCAACUCCGCCCUGAAGUACGCGGGUCCUCGCCAGCACGCCGUCGAGGAGUUCAACGAGGCGCAGGCGGGCAUCCUGUCGAGCCCGGGGCCCGAUUUCGGCGGGUUCGCCGACAUUCCCAGCGAGCUCCGCAAUUUUUCUGCGAGCACUCACGCAGAUCUCGCCGGCCUGCCCAAGGACUGGCCGGAAGGCUUCUUCAUUUCUUUCCCCGUCGACGUCGGAUUUCCCCAGGAUGGCUACAACUACGCGAUGAUCGUAUGCACGCUGAUGACUCCAAUGUCCCGCGGCCACAUCAGGAUUCGCUCUCCCAGCAUGCACGACAGUCCCGUGAUUGAUCCGCGCUGGCUGACGUCGACCACCGACGUGGAGAUCGCCGUCGCCGCCGUGCGCCGGAUCCGCCAGUACCUUCAGAUGCCCGUCCUCGAGCGCAAUGUCCUGGUCGGGGGGGAGGUCGCCCCGGGCCCCGAUGUUCAGACCUUCGCCGAGAUCCACGACUACCUGAAGAAGAACUUCAAUUCCAUGUCUCACCCCGCGUGUACGUGUCGCAUGGGCAAGGAGGGAGACCCGGACGCAGUGGUGGACCCCAAGGGUCGUGUCUUUGGUGUCAAGAAUCUGCGCAUUGCAGACGCUUCCGUCUUCCGAUUCCUACCUCCGGGACUUCCUCUCGGCGUGGUUUAUAUGGUGGCGGAAAAGAUCGCCGAUGAUAUUAAACAUGACCAGAAGCACGGCGCCUUGGAGGAGGGUCUACGGACGGAGUUUUAGCUCGAGCAAUCGAUUCGGUUUCCAAUGAAUUCUUUUUAGGAAGACUGGGGGCAGCGGGAAUGGGAGAAUGGCUAUGCGUGUUGCGUACGUUUACUCUUUAGUUGGGCUAUAGGUACUGGCCUC